GAACGGAUUUCGGGUGAGAGAGAGAACCGGAGAACGAGUGAAGCUCUUCGGGACAUUGCAGUGAGAAGCUUAGGGUUUCGAGCAGAGAUUGAGAAUGGGAGGAGGGCAUGGCGCGAGUACGACUUACAAGGGGAUGACGAUCCACCAUCCGAAGCGGUGGCACGCCGUCACGGGGAAGGGCAUGUGCGCUCUCAUGUGGUUCUGGGUUCUGUACAGGGCAAAGCAAGAUGGUCCGGUAGUAUUGGGCUGGAGGCACCCUUGGGAGGGCCAUGGUGAUCAUGGUCAUGGGGAUCAUCACUAGGUACCGUCUGUCUAUGCCUGUCGAGCUUUUGAUUCUUCCAAUGCUUCAACAUUUCCAAUAUUCUAUACCGAACAAGCUGAUAAAACAGAGACAUAUUCUUGCAUUGGGAAGAUCAUGGCGAAAACCGGUUCUUGUCUGUUCCACAUUUCAGUUUCAUGUACCUUAUGUAUUAUUAUGUACACAACUUUGUAAGACAUUCAUUCUCUCUGUUUUGCGGCUUGUUCAUGCCUUUUCUCCCAUUCCCUCGUCCACCUCUCGGGGCUCUCUUGCUAUUGUUGUUCGUUUCCCCGUCUGACAAUUGGGUUCGGAAUAAAUUUACGUGAUUAUUCGAAAUA